AUGUGGGGCAGCACCGCCUUUCAGAUCGACGAUGCCCAACUCGACUGGACAUUCAAGCCCGGCGAAUUUGACUUCAUCCAUAUCCGGUAUCUUUACGGUGCCAUCGACGACUGGAAUAAACUAUACCGUCAAGCAUUUACCCACGUGCGGCCAGGAGGUUGGCUCGAGAAUCUUGAGAUCGACAUCGAAACACACAGCGAGAACCCCAAGAUCGAGAAGGACGAAGGCCACAUUUUCAAGAAAUGGUGCAAACUAUUCUUUGAGUGCGGCCGUAAAACUGGUCGAACCUGGGAGACUGCGCGGGAUGGUCGUCAAGAGGAGUAUAUGCGAGAAGCAGGAUUUACAGAACUAGUUUCCAAAUCGUAGAAGCUGCCUGUUGGAGGUUGGCCUCAAGACAAGAAGCUGAAGCAGAUCGGUCUCUACAAUGGAGCCUUUAUUGACCACUCCAUCGAUGCUUUUGCAAUCUUCCCAAUCGGAGAGAUCCUAGGUUGGUCGAGGGAGGAGGUUACGAUUCUGGUCAGCCAGAUGCGAAAGGCACUCAAGGAGCCAAGAGCGCUGCCUUAUUUUAAUGUUCGUAUGGUCUAUGGUAGAAAGACUGAAAGUAGUCCCAAGACUGCCUGAUACAUGCAUUAUAUGGUUUACUUUGAUCAAGCCUGGCUAUAUGUCAUUACUGCUAAAUUUACUACGACUUAGCUCCCUGGUAUGCUUCGUGUCUCUUUGAGCUUGGUGGAAUGCGUCCAAGGACUUCAUUCGUACAAAAGUCGAGAUAACCAAAGAGCGCCCACGAUCUUUGAGUUGCUAGAUACGCGGACACUCAGUUUCUGUGCAGACACUACUACUAUUUAGCAAUAUCUAAAUCUUCGAACUCAUAGAAGCUCACAUGAUGAGAGAUUCAAUCGAAGAACGUCCGCUUCUAUGUUAUCACUUACUAUAAAUAUUACGUGCUUCGCCUUGUACUGCCAGAGUCAUCGCCGACAGCCGCAUCUCAUAUGAGGUGAUGAUAGUGAUACCCACUUGCUAGAGCAACUGUGGCGUUGGGCCAAGACCGAGAAGAUCCAUAUGAUGGACUCAAACAGUUGGAUAAUUCGGGGAGUUGAUCAUAGUCAAGGCACCUUGACCAGGACCAAGUACAUAUCUGCAACUCCCCGUCGCAGUCUCCACGACAGUCACUCCAACCUAGCAUCACGAGAGCACUGCAUGUUGAGAAUACUUCGGACCCUCGACUACAAAGAUUAUAGAGUCGCAACAGCGCCGACAGCCCGGAGUCAUCGAACCCUGCAUUAUGGAAAUCACUGCUCAUCCCCCGGUUCCCCCACGGCGUAAUAAUCCUCGACAAGCAUUACAAUCUCUCUCAAACCAGGACUCUGGCUUGCCUCGAUCCACUCGCUGCUCAAAGAAUGUCGGUGCCUGGUUCUGAAUCGCGGGCCCUAGCAAAAGACGUCAUGAGCUAAAUACUAAGCAAAGACCGGGCUGUUGGCUUGGCGUUGUAAUAUUUCCCUCGGCCUCGGGGAUAUCUUUGUGGUUCGAUCAACCAGUCAUAUUCUUCUGAUUCAGUACCUUUAAUGCCAAAAUAGGCAGGCAAAUUGUAAAUGAAUAUUGGAUGGGCUGAAUGACUUGGGGACAGUCUAGACAGUGCAUGUAUUCAUGUCUCUCGGUGCGGGUCAGGGUCAAAGUUUACACAAUAUGGUCUUGUUUUGACGAGCUCAACUGUUUUAGACUCAUUUUUACAUCUAAUUUUACGGCCAGUAAAGUGCAAGGGAUAAUAUUGUCGAUGAUACGCGACAGUCAAAGUGGAAGUCAAGGAGCCAUGGUGUAAGUUAUCUCCUACUUUUCGCUUUUCAGACCGUUUGAACCGUUAUCAUCAAGCCUCUCCCCCACGCCUCUCGAUCCUUUUCUAU